CUGUUCAAAACCGCGCAGUCUGCAGAAAUCACUGCCGAGUAGUGCGUGUUGUUUGGUAGUGGUACUUGAACUCACACUGCUGGGCAAAAAAUCACGCAAGUCAGGUCUGUGAAGACAUCAGGACAGAAGAUGAACCCGACCCUAGGUGUGAUGUCCAACGCGCUGCGGAGGAUACCGGACCCGCAGCAGGACAGCCAGCCCUACAAGUGGCUCGAGAAGACGAAGUCGGACGGGGCCUCCGGGCGGACCCGGCGGGAGCAGAGGAUCCGCCGCCCGAUGAACGCUUUUAUGGUGUGGGCCCGCACCGAGAGGAAGCGAUUGGCCCACGAAAAGCCUGACCUGCACAACGCCGAACUCAGCAAGAUCCUUGGUAAAACGUGGCGCAGUCUGACGACGUCACAGAAACAGCCGUUCGUUGAAGAGGCAGAACGGAUCAGAGUUCAGCAUAUGCAGGACCAUCCCGACUACAAGUACAGGCCGCGCAGGCGCAAACAGGCCAAACGUGUGUGCAAAAGAGUCGACACGGGACUGACCCUGUCUGGGCUUGCGCACAAGUUCGGACUGUCUCCACCCCCCUCCUCAUCGUCAUCGUCCAGUGGACCGACGACACAGAGUAGCCUGGGCACCCCAGAUUCCACCCCCACUAACAGCCCCACCCCAGAUGCGGUGAGCGUCAAGUCCGAGCCCGCCUCCAUGGACUCCCCGCCCCGAGUGGAGUCAGCCUCGCCCCUGCAGAACCUGGCCAAGCUCACCUCCAACACCACACGCUUCCCAGCCGAUAAGAGGCUCCUGUCUAACGACUGCCUUCCCGGCGGGCUGCCGACCCCGGAGAUGUCCCCUCUCGACGCGCGGGACGACGACGUGUUCUUCCCGCCGGACUUCAAGUGGGACGUGGGUCGCGUGGGCAGGGAGGCGACCAUGAGACCUGCGGACCGCCCGUCCAGCAGUGGAAACCUGCCGCCCACCACCCUGACGCUGCCAAAGCCUGGUAAAGUUCAACGCAGCCUGUCUGUUGCCGAGCAGACAGCCGCCAAUGCCGGCAGGUGUCAGACCCCAACGCGUGCACGCAGCUCUUCCACCGGAGACUUCCCCGCCACAUCCACGGUAGCAUCCUCAAUGUCCUCGGGCAUCGCCACCCAGUCCGCCGUCAGACAGCCUCCUCAGUACCGUAGCGAGCUCCACGCGCUGGUCAGCAGCCCUUAUCCCGUCUCUAUGUGGUACAGCAACGGUGGAGACUUCACGAACUCAGACAAUAGCACCACCUUCCAGUACCCAUCCAACAUUCAAAGCACGGGAAACCACUCAACUGCAUACCCUGCCGAAAACUCGAGUCGGUCGACGUCGGUGAGCGAAAUGUCUCCGGCAACGACGACGGGAGUCAACGCGAUGCACUCGAUCAAGUACCAGACCACGGCCUCGUUGAUGACGGCGAUGUCGACCGGGAGCUACCAGCAGAACGGCUCGGUACUACAUGUGCCUUCUCCCGAGACGUACUCCUCUGGCAGUCCGGCGAUGACCCACUCUGACGUCCAGAACACAGACCUGUCGUGUCUAUCUCAGGAAGAGCUGUUAGACGAAGUAGAUCGCGCCGAAUUCGACCAGUACUUGAACAGUUACUUGAACAGCGAGAACGCCUUAAACUUCAGCAUAACCCCAGAGCAGCACUUCGGCUUGGCGGCCAAUCCAAACUUCACCAUGCCCCAGGGCUAUGGACUAAACGACUUUCAGGAGGCCGGUAGCUACAAGAACCACAUGGGAUACUAUCAGGGGGUGGCGAACACACAGAACUUCGGUAACCCCACUCUGGGGGGAAACGUUGUGCCGUGGGGCUGUGGUGGCCAGGGGGAGGACGGCUCGCUCACAUCAGUCCUGGCCGACGCCAACGCCAUUUAUUACAGUAACUCCAUGUGUACAGCCACAUGAUAGACCUAAACGAACGUUCCAUCUUGAUGUAAAUUUACUUUAUAGGUCACAUAAAUGCAGUGGAUUGUACACGUCCACAGUUUAGAUACAUGACAUUGUGGCAUGUCACCCUAAGGUAGCAUUGAGUAGUGUUGCGAAACGAUCUCAUUUUUCGGUUUAUAUCCACUUGCCAUUACUCCGAUACAUUAAGUAGAUUAUAUUCACGUACACGCAGGUUACAUGUUGCAGUUAAGAUAAAUCUAUAUAAAACGUAUUACCCCCUGCCUCGAAUGCGAUACUAGUAUAAAGUUGUAUCGUUUUUAAGUGGUCUGAAAACUUCUAAAACACAAGAAGAUAAUGAGGCAUUGGCGUCUACCUAAAAUUGGAUUGUUUUGUCUUCUGUAGUUACACACAAUCUCAGUAAUACAUUGAUAAAGGACAAAUUGUGCAACUACAGGGGACACCGUGUCACGUGAACAGGGCAAGACGAAGUCCGCAUGAGGGCCCUGUCACGUUUCUCCGGCAGACACGUAUGUUUGCAUACUUCGAUGGUCUUCGAUCUAAAACAAAAUGUUUCCGUAUAUGAAUCUUGAAAGUGGUAGAAUAUCAAGUUUGUAGCAUUGCUCAACUUGCCUGUUUUUUUAUUGUUGCAAAGCGUGUAUGAAUGCAGAAUUGCUGUCUUACAAGAAAGGACUGAGAUAAAAAGGACCCUCCCCCUUUGGCUUUGGGAAAACACCUUUUGCUGCUCUCGCCUACAGUAGUGCAAAGUUCACACAAGAGACCAAAGUACGAACAAAUGUGACAGGUGGAGAGGGGUCAGCAAGUGACCUGUGGGGCAAAGUACUUUAACAUGUGCAAAAUCUCCCCUAUCUAGAUGACGGGUAAUAAAAUGAAAUAAAGUGAUGUUAAGCUGUGUUGAAUGACACCAUAAACAUAGCGGAGCAGACCGGGGUUUGGUUUUGUCCAGUAUCACAGUGUCCUACCACGCAAUCUGUUUCACGGACACAAAAAGCUGUACAACAAACGCCGAACACUUUCUAUUUAUCUGAUUUGAUUGAGACGGUCUGGGAUAUUGUAUGAUGGGAAUGAUAACGUAUAUCAACUAUCUUUUACCUUGAUCUAAUUCCUGAUGUAUAUCUUUGAGGAACAUCGGAGAACACACGAAUGCUUUACUGAUUGGUGAAUCUUGCUGAUGGUUUAGAUUUAGUUUGUGAAUAUUUGAUUACGUAUUUUAUGAGCGCUGUAAAUAAUGGCAUUUGUAUAACUCAUGUUCUACUGUGAAUAAAUGAAAUUGUACUGGCUUGACCAGGAGAUGUAAAAAUGAACAUUGUGACGGAUACUGUACAUGGUUGUAAGGGUUUAUACUUCAUAUUAAAGUUUCGAUUUCUAUUGACAA